AUGCCAGAUGAUGUGGAGCUUGUCGUUGACAAACCUGUGUGGAUAGAGACACCUCAACAACCGGAUACAGCAAGUUGCGGUGUACUAAUCGUAGCUCAGGCACACAGUUACCUUACUGGACACGAGGACCAGCGGAAGUAUGGAGUCUCCAAGGACGACGUGAAAGUUAUGCGCUUGCGCAUGCUGUGGGUGAUCAUUCAUCAUUCGAAGGAGCGAGCUAUGUCGGAAGGUGAUGCUGCUAAGACAAGCAAUAUUCUCCAAAGGUUGCAGGAUGAGCUUAAGUAG